GUUACAACAACCUGACUGAAGAGAGAGACGAGCUACAGACCAGUUACAACACCCUGACUAAAGAGAGAGACCAGCUACAGACCAGUUACAACACCCUGACUAAAAAGAGAGACCAGCUACAGAAUAGGCUCGCAACCAAAAUUAAGGAGAAAGACCAGUUGCAGAAUACUCUCAACACAAUAACUCAGGAAAGAGAUCAACUGCAGAAUAGUCUUAAUACAAAAACAAAGGAGAGACACCAGCUACAGAGUAGCCUAAAUACCAGGACCACAGAGAGAGACCAGCUACAGAAUAGCCUAAAUACCAGAACCACAGAGAGAGACCAGCUACAAAAUAGCCUAAAUACCAGGACCACAGAGAGAGACCAGCUACAGAAUAGCCUAAAUACCAGGACCACAGAGAGAGACCAGCUACAAAAUAGUCUCAUCACAAGGACCAAAGACAGGGACAAGCAACAAAAUAGUCUUAAAGUCAUGACUGCUGAAAGGGAUCAAUUAAAAAAUAAUCUUAACUCAAGGACUAAAGAGAGAGACCAGUUACAGAAGAGUCUUAAUACCAAAACUAAGGACAGAGACCAGUUGCGGAAUACUCUCACCACAAUAACUCGGGAGAGAGACCAGUUGCAGAAUAGUUUAAAUAACAGGACCAUAGAGAGAGACCAGUUACAGAAUCAUCUCAAUACCACAACCACUGAAAUGGACAAGUUGAAGAAGAGUGUGGAGAAUAGAACUAUGGAGCGUGACCAGCUACAGAAGGAGAGGGAAAGGCUGAACUGUAAUAUCACAGGGUCCUGUCCUGAAGGAUGGAGAAGGUUUGGCUGCAGCUGUUACCACCUCUCUACUGAGAAGAAAUCCUGGGAGGAGAGUAGACAGGACUGUCUGGAGAGAGGAGCAGAUCUGGUGAUCAUAACCAGUGAAGAGGAACAGACAUUCAUCAAUGGGUUUGAAUCAGUCCUUUUUGCCUGGAUUGGUCUGACUGACUCUGUUACUGAGGGGACCUGGAAAUGGGUGGACGACACCCCACUGACCACCCCAAGCUAUUGGGGGAGAAGACAUCCUAAUGCUGGUACAUACCAUAACUGUGGGUUUCACUAUUACGUAUCAUCAGGCCAAGGAGUAUGGUGGAGUUUUGAUUGUUCCUCUUCACAACAGUGGAUCUGUGAGAAAUAGGCUUCUCUUAGGUACAUUCUCUACACUGCUGAUUAAUGAACUCUACUGUAUCUUAAUGAUGGUCUGAAAGACUGAUGGGAUUUGAUAGAAUGGUACUCUGAACUACACGUAGGAGAGAAACAUACACACAUGCAGACAUUCAGACACACACACCAACAUACAGGACCUGAACAAGAGUCUCCCACGGGAGAAAACAACACCUUUAUUAGACAAAGAGGAAAUUCCCUUUUGGACCAAUAGCUGACACUGAUUUUCAACUCGCAGGCGGGACUACCACAUCACGUGGCGAUGAACAACCAAUCAUGACCGACUCAUGUCUGCUACACAAGCUGACACACAAUCAUUUAUUCAUAUGUCAAACAAUGAUGUGUAGAAUAUAGAUAUCAUUCAAUAGCCACUGUCAAUCAAUUACUGUUAAGUUCUACAUUUCUAAAUACAUUUAAAAUGACUGUAUAUGUUUAUUAGUUAUACAGUAUGUCUGCUUCUUGUGUUUUUAUCAUUCCGUGCUUAAACGUGUACUUCCUGCUUAUUCAAUAAAUAAUUUAAUCUAGA